AAUAAACUUUUAACAAUGGAUAAUUAACACCGACACUUCAUCCGCAAUAUGCGCAAAAAGAGGUGGUCAUCGGUAACUUUUCCACUCCAUACCCACUGAUCACACCCCCACCACCACUCUCUGCCGUGCACACGCCAUGAAAUCAUCAUGCAGAAUCCGAUCCUGCUCCUCCGCCGACGGCGCCACCACCACCAACACCUUCAAAGGUGACAAUUCUCAAACCAAUUCCACCGAAAUCCCCAUCACUUUUCACCUCUCCAAUCAUGAAUCCACCGCAGCUGUUAAGAUACAAUCGGCUUACAGAUCUCAUGCAAUUCGCAAUUUAACCAACAAAAUCAAAGCCGUGAACUCGGAAGCCGAUAAACUACAACGACUGAUCCAACUCCAGGAAACAGUUGAUGCGGUACGAACCAACAAUCGAGACCGAAUUAAGAUGAAUGAGGCGCUGAUGAGGUUAUUGUUUACGCUUGAUUCGGUUCCUGGACUUGAUCCGACGGUGAGAGAAUUCCGGAGGAACGUGAGUCGUCGGAUCGUCGGGUUGCAGGAGAUUUUAGACUCCAUCUGUGAAGCAGGAGAGGCGAAUUGGGAUGGAUUUUUGAGGGAUUGGGACGACGUCAUCAUGGGGAUCGAACAUGAGAUCUGUAAAGAAAAAGGCGGAGCCGAUUCACAUGAAUUUGAGAGAUUUUGUGCAGAGAAUCUAGGGUUUCAGUGCUUACAACGAUUUCUUCGUCAAUGAGAUUCAACGCCUAGACUAAUUCCCCUGCUAUACAAUUUACAUCUUUGCGACGGAUGAAAAUCCGUAAUGAAUACACACCUUAUUAGAGAGAGAAUGUGAAUUAAAAAAUUAAAUAAAUUUAAAAUAUUUAAAAAUAUAAUGUCUUAAUUGAUAAGCUAUAGAACAUUGAUAAAGACAGAAAUGAGACGAUGAAAUGA